CGCCUCCUUAUCCUUCCCGUCUAAUUGGCUGUCGCCCCUACGAGUCCUUGGAGAGGUCAAAAAAAAUGAUAACGAAAUUUACCGGAGAGUCGCUGUGGUUUUUGAGAUAUACAGUUAUUCGAUCACAUUUCUCUUGUUGGCUUAUCCAGUCCAGCACCGAGACCUUUUUUUUUCAGGUGCUCAUUCAGCUAGCUAGCACAGCUAGCCUCAGCAGCUGGUGGCUAUGGCUGCAGUUAUUUUAAGUUUCCCAACUCUGCAGGGCCUGCGGAUAUUCACGCAGAAGCUGUCAUGGAGCACGAGAGGCGUGAGGCUUGUUUCAGGAGGGGUGAGAAGGAUAGAAAAGGUGCUGAUUGCCAAUCGAGGAGAGAUUGCAUGCCGUGUGAUGCGUUCAGCCAAGAAGAUGGGUGUACGCUCAGUGGCGGUGUACAGUGAUGCAGACACACACUCCAUGCAUGUAGCUAUGGCAGAUGAAGCCUACCAUAUUGGCCCUGCACCCUCCCAGCAGAGUUACCUCUCUAUGGACAAAGUUUUGGAAGUGGCCAAAAAAUCUGGAUCACACGCGGUCCAUCCUGGCUAUGGUUUUUUGUCAGAAAACACAGAGUUUGCUGAGGCAUGUAAACAGGAAGGAAUCAUCUUUAUUGGGCCUCCCUCAUCUGCCAUCAGAGAUAUGGGCAUUAAAAGCACAUCCAAGCAUAUCAUGUCAGCUGCUGGAGUGCCAAUUAUAGGUGGCUACCAUGGAGAGGACCAAUCUAAUGAGAAGUUGCAGGCAGAGGCUGUCCAGAUUGGAUACCCUGUGAUGAUCAAAGCAGUUCGUGGAGGAGGGGGGAAGGGCAUGCGUAUUGCACGCUCAGACUCUGACUUCUUGGAGCAGUUGGAGUCAGCACGGCGGGAAGCCAGAAAAUCCUUCAAUGAUGAUGUCAUGCUGAUCGAGAAGUUCGUGGAGGACCCCAGACAUGUGGAGGUCCAGGUGUUUGGGGACAUGCAUGGCAAUGCCGUCUAUCUGUUUGAGAGGGACUGCAGCGUUCAAAGGAGACAUCAGAAGAUCAUAGAGGAAGCACCAGGGCCUGGUAUAAGCCCUGAAGUGAGGAGAAAACUCGGAGAAGCAGCGGUUAGAGCAGCCAAGGCUGUCAACUAUGUUGGAGCAGGUACGGUGGAGUUCAUUAUGGAUGCCCAGCACAACUUUUAUUUCAUGGAGAUGAACACCAGGUUGCAGGUGGAGCAUCCUGUCUCUGAGAUGAUCACUGGAACUGACCUGGUGGAGUGGCAGCUCAGGGUGGCAGCAGGGGAGCGCUUGCCUCUCCUUCAGGAAGACAUAAUGCUAAGGGGACACUCAUUUGAGGCUCGUAUCUAUGCUGAAGACCCAAAUAAUGACUUCCUUCCUGGGGCGGGGCCUCUGCUGCAUCUCUCCACUCCCCCACCAGACCAACAUACACGUAUAGAGACUGGCGUCAGAGAAGGGGACGAGGUCUCGGCACAUUAUGACCCAAUGAUUGCCAAGUUGGUGGUGUGGGGAGAGGACCGAUCUGCUGCCUUAAAAAAGCUGCGGUAUUGUUUACGACAGUACAAUAUAGUAGGACUAAACACCAACAUAGAUUUCCUGCUGAAUCUUUCGGGCCACCCAGAGUUCGAGGCUGGAAAUGUGAGCACUAGCUUCAUCCCCCAGCACUACGCUGAGCUCUUCCCCACUCCGAAAGCACCUUCUGGGGCAACAAUCUGUCAGGCAGCCCUCGGCCUGAUACUACAGGAGAGGAACCACACACUGGGAUUCACCCAGAGCUCCACUGAUCCUUUCUCCCCAUUUGGCUCUAGCUGUGGUUGGAGAAACAACAUCCUGUUUAACAGAAAUGUGACACUACAGGUGGGAGAUAAAAAAGUUGAUGUGGUCAUCAUGUACAACCAGGAUGGGAGCUACAGUAUGCAGAUUGGUGACGAGGUGAAUCACGUCACAGGGGAGGUGGAGAUGGAAGGCGGGGCAUCGUUCCUGCACUGUACUGUCAAUGGCGUCGAGUCCCGCCCUAAACUUGUGAUCCUGGACAACACGGUGCACCUGUUCUCCACUGAGGGAAGCUCUCAGGUGUCUGUUCCCGUGCCAAAGUAUCGGGCUGGUGUUGGCGGUUCAGGAGCUCAGGGUGGAGCCGUGGCCCCCAUGACUGGAACUAUAGAGAAGGUGCUGGUGAAGGCCGGAGAUAAGGUGACUGUGGGAGACCCACUGAUGGUCAUGAUAGCCAUGAAGAUGGAGCAUACAAUCCGGGCGCCAAAGUCAGGUGUGAUCAAGAAGGUUCUCUUCAGCGAGGGCUCUCAGGCCAACCGCCACGCUCCUCUGGUUGAGCUGGUGGAGGAGGAAGAGCAGGCGGAGGGAGGCAGCCAGUAAAUGCAUCAAAGCCACAGUUACACUAUAAGGUAGAAGAGGGCUAGCACGUGUAAGAGCUGGAGGGAAAGCUACUCAGUGUGAGCGAGUUUUGGCCUCCCGCAGGAUUUAAAUCAUCUGUUCGACAAAGAGUUUGGGUCAGUCUGAGACAGAUGUGGCAGCCGCGUGUUUGCUGGAUGUCUUCCUGCUAAAACUUCUAUUAUGUACAGCGGCUCUUUUUACUCAGCAAUUCUUGCCUACAUGUCAGCAUUUCUCAAAGUUUCGGAGGGCAUGAAACCACCGCAGUGGGGGUGUGGAUGACCAUCGGGGAAAUAUACAGUCUGCAGUGCAGCAAGUGUGAUUUACGCAGAGAGAACAAACAAGUGUUUUAUUCCACUAGAAGCUGAUCUGGAUUCGUCUUGAUCGGCAGAUCCAUAUUCUCUUUCUGCUGUCAGUGAAUAAUCUCUCCUUUCAGUUUUGGUCGGCAUCAGGCUUGUCGGAGGUGCAGUGAUGGUUAAACCUGGCGAAAUCCUGUCUUUGUGUUAGACUGAGUCCUGCCUUUAGUUUCUUUACUGUUUGUGUAUUUAAACAAUUUCUAGAUGAGAAAUGAGACUUUUUUUCUAUCAAGUACUGUCUGAAGGAUUCUUGAAGAAAGUAGGGUUACAACAGAAUAAUCAUCAGUAAUUCUAAAAAAUGUUGAUUUUCAAAAUGUAUCUGAUUAUUUACCACAAAAAUAUCUUUGCUGGGGAUUUCUAUUGAUCUUUAAUUGUAAUUAAGAUGAAAACUAAUGAAUGAGCAAGGAAAAAAGGCAGUUUGAACAUUAGACACAGGCUAGGGGGUUGAUUGCAACGCCACAGAGACCUGAAGGGAAUAACCUUCGAACAUCAGGCAGAUCAGGUGAGAUAUCCCUGUCUGUGUCUCCAUAUCACAAACAUGGAGACAGCGGCGGUGGCAGGUGAGUGCUGUUGAUCGUGUAACAUGUUUGCUCACAGGUUGUUCUUCCGUCUACGUCCACAGCUCUGUGGCAUUUUGGUCACGUUUAGGAAAGAAACGCCUUACUGUAGCAACAAGAGAGUGGGGAGCUUUUCUCUUGAAUUUCUGCUCUCGCAUUCUCGCCAUCGCAGCAGAUUAAACCCUCCUAACUUUGACAAGUUCAGCUCAUGUCAGGGCACAUUAACAGCUUUCUCAUUAAUGGCUUAAACUCCUCUGAGGAGGCUUGUUACAAGCGCCGACUUAUACAGUUGCUGCUGAGUCAUCAAACAUGUGUCGGUUCCCUGAAUUGGCACCAAAAGCUACCACUCCUCGAGCCAGAUUACUCUUUGAUCAGAGGCUCUUUGCUUCAGUCUGGGCUUUUCAGGGAGGGGUGAAAGAGCAUCGCUGUACAGGAAAG